CUUCCAGGGCCUGAAGCAUCUCCCCUCAAUGAUAGUCCUGGGGGAGAACAGAGGCUACAUUCACUAUCAAGGCCAACCCAAACUGUGCCGGAAGUGCGGCGAGCAUGGUCAUCUGGCCGAAACUUGUGAAAAAGUAUUCUGUGGUAAAUGUCGAGAAGUGGGACACACUUUUGAUGAAUGUACGAACGGGCGGAAAUGUAAUUUGUGUGGUGGACAGGAUCAUUUGUUCAGAGACUGUCCAAAAUCGUUUGCAAAUAAACUGAAAAAAGGAAAAGAGACGCUAACGGAAACGGCAAAUGAGCAAGUGGACGCAGCUGGGUCGGAAAAUUCAAAUCUCCCGCCAGGUCCUUUGAUUGGAGGAGAGGAGGAGAGGGCGGGAAGCGGGGAGGGGAAGGAAGCCCCCCCCCCAGACCGAAACAUCCAGUGAGGGGGGGGGAGAUGCAAACCGAAGGCGGAGCUAGCUCGGACUCUGAGGAGGAACAGACGGACAGCAGCGAUGAUGCCUCCCUCCCCGACGCCCAGCUGGCUAAGAGGCCGGCAUCUGAGUCACCUCCCGACCUUACUCCCAAGGUAGGGAAGAGAGGAAGGCUCGAGGAACUCUUCGGUUCUUUCGGAGAGGAAUCCAGAGCCUUCCUCGCUGGCUCAUCCAAUGAGGUCUCGUUCCUAGAUUUUGCUCAUCAACCAACCCCAGAGGACCCAAACAAGGACCGGGAAACAGUGACCCCAGUGCGCGGCCUCCUGUAUGGAGACGCCUCCACCGUUUGGCGCAACGUGAGCCGUCCUGUCCUUCCAAACAGACUCCAGGACCUGUCAUGGAUGGUGGCUCAUGGGAUCCUGCCGGUCAGAGCCGUUAUGCACUCCCGCGGCAUGUCUGCAACGUACAUCUGCCCCCGACCCGGUUGUGGCGCGCCGGAGUCGGUGAGGCCCCUGCUGUGGGAGUGCAGCGCUGCUGUGGACCUGUGGGCGAAAGCCGGCUCCUUGCAAUUCCCACACUUGCCAGCAAGGGAGGUCCUCCAUGGACAGCUAGCGCUGUAUGGGGUGAGCCAGCAGAAAAUGACUAAAAAGGACUCCGCUGAGAUGUGGCUCACCCCAGCCACCAUCAAAGACGCCAUUUGGACCUCCAGAAACUUGCUGGUGAGCAGUCGCAGGCAGAUGCCCCCCCGUGGCUGUGAUCCGGAUGGCGGCAGCAAAAAGAGGAACACCAAGGGCUGCAGGUGGCGCGCCAAGGACACAGCCACCAAGAAGAAUCGCCUGCGCCUCCGUGGACGAAGGAGCCGGCGCUCCACGAAAAGAGGUCCAAGCAGCGGCGGCCUGGCUCUCCGGGUGAGGCAGGAGGGAAGGAGCUUCAGGGCAGGUUUCCCCUCUGAGCACCAGCGCUGUUUGGAAGGUCGGGACGGCUCCGGACUUGGGAAGGAGUCACCCCGGUCCUGCUCAACUUUUAACACAGAGAGAUUUUGUAUUUUAUAUUCUUGUUCUUAGCUUCUUUUAGUCUAAAUUGAUGAAAUUGUAAGUUUUUAAAAAUUUCUGUAUAAUUGCAACAAUGUAAUGUGUUUUAAAUGUUUACAGUAACAAUAAAAAUUUUUCGAAAGAAA